AUGCCUCCAAUCGGUAACAAUGACCACGACUUGAGUCCUAAGAGUAAUACAAAUAAUGACAAUAAGAAGAAUACGAAUGAAAUGAAUGGUAAUACGAAUGGAGAGAAUAAGAGCGAUGAAAGUGAAAGAGAAAGUGAUAAACGUUUGCCAAAAAAGGAGGUCAACAGUGAUAAGAGAGUGGACGAGGGCUUUGUCAGCGACGGUAGUGAAAAGAAAGUGAUCAAAAGCUCCCAAAACAAACAGCUCACCACUGAUCAGACAACAGCACCUAAAAAACCUAUCGCUCAGGAUAUUUAUGCCGACUUACAGGUCUCGCCAUCAAAAAAGCGUACAUCCAAUACACCCAUACAAGUGCUACAACAGGUCGACCUCAAGGAUGCAACCAAUUCAGUGGAUAACCAUACAAACCAUACGCUCACUAAUGGACUCAAUGGUGAUAAAAGACAGGCACCGGCACCCAAAGAUAUGUACGGCCAGUUCCCGGUGUCUCCAAUCAAAUUUUCGGGACCCGUAACUCCGGUUCAAAAACUACAAACCGUUACUCUUCAGGAAACACACCAAGAGAUCCAACGAUCAAAACUUGAAGCAACAGAUCAUAGGCGCCAAACCAGACCAGACGCCAAGAUUCUCGAACAAAUCCACGUCUCAAUUCCUGUCCAACAAUUGGACAUCACAGCACCGGUUCCAGUGUCACCAUUACCAUCACCACCACCACAACACUCUGUUCGAGCCAUACACCCGACGCCAUCGAAACCACUUCCCCCGACAUCAUUGACACCAAAACCAGUCCGUUUGGAUCCCAUGUACUCUCCAUCGCCUUCUCGUUCACCAAAAACACAACAACAGUCACCACAACCAACAACACAACCAACUCGUCUCACUCCCAAACCAUCACCAGCUCCGUCGCGUUCUCCUUCUAGGGAGAGGGAGAGGGCUCCAGCCCCUGACCUUCCGGUGCCAUCUCCAAGACCGUCGCGCAAAGAUAUUCCUCCGCGAAAAGACUUCCAAAACAAACCAAAACAAACACCAAACAAGAAAACUUCAAAGGAAAGGGAUUCAAAUCAGGUGUCCUCUAAAGAUAGGAGUCUUUCUAAAGAUCGGUCGCCGGGACAAAAGGGUGGCUCUCGACAGGCCGUCAGGAAAUCGUCGUCACAGCAGUCGGCGGCUCUUUUAGACCUGUCAUAUCUGGACGAACCCAUCGCUUCGACGGCCCCUUUGGGCACUAAAAACAAAGCGCCGGCAGAUUUUAGUCAUAAGUUAAUAGCUUUAUGUCGUAAAGGGGAUUGGGUUGGAGUGGACACUGUCAUCAAGUAUGCCUUCAAACAUAACAUCGAACCAGAAGUGAAUGCAGUGUCAGAGAACUCCGGAUGGUCUCCAGUGAUGUUUGCCGUCAAAGACAAUCGCAUCCAAAUUGUUGAACAACUCUUGGACUUAGGAUAUCCUGUCAACACUCGGGCCAAGGACGGCAUAACAGCUGUCCAUUUGGCCUGUGCUUUCGCCAGAGAAGACACUAUUAGACUCUUGUUAGUCAACAGAGCAGACCCUAUGAUACCUGGAGGGGAAAAGAACCAACUUCCAAUUCACGUGUUGGCACAAAAACCCACCGGUGCUGUUGUCAUACCACUGCAACUUAUAUUGAAGUCUUGUCCUAAAGAAGUUCGUAUCACUCCAGACAGUGUCAAGCAAACUUCAAUGAAAAGGCCCACAACUGGUGAGACGGCUCUUCACUUAGCUAUGAAGAAGAAAGACUUAGAAAUGAUGCGAUUGCUUGUCGAUAAUGGAGCCAAUACUGACGCACAGAAUGUAUGUCCACUUCAUUUGAUUCAUUCAAAUUAUAAUCUCAUGUACUCUUAUCAAUGUGCUGAUGGACAGACAGCUCUUCAUUUAGCAGCCAUUAUGGGUGAAGAGCCAUAUAUUAAAUUUCUACAUAUGGUGAACGCUAACCCUAAUGUUCAGGACAAACUCGAGAGAACCCCUCUUCAUUUGGCCACAGAGAACGGUCACAUGAAAACUGUAGACUUCCUCACCGAAAAGUUUAAAGCAUCCGUUCAUGAAAGGACCAAGGCUGGUGCCAAACCCAUUCACAUGGCAGCAAGUCGUGGUCACACAGAAGUCGUCAAAUCAAUUAUACAAAAAGGAGAGAGCGUUGACGCCAAGACCAAUGAAGGCUUUACGGCCCUUCACAUAGCCGUGCAAUCGGGACACGAGAAAGUAGUGGAAACGCUGCUCGGAAUGGGAGCAGCCGUUCAAUUGACUGCCGGCAAGAAUGGAGAAACACCUUUACAUACGGCCUCCAGAAUAGAAAAUGGCAUCAAAUGUGUCGAAAUGCUUAUUAAAAGUGGCGCUCAAAUCAAUGCCGUCGAAGACAAUGGCGAGACUCCACUGCAUUUCGCCGCUCGACAGGGAUUCCUCGAAACGGCUAAACUGCUGCUCGAAGACAAAGCAAACCCUUCCCUUCAAAACAAUACCGGAGAAAACGCAUUACACAUAUCGGUGAAGGACUGUCACUACCCUAUCGUUGAGAAUAUAAUCCAAUACACGACCCAAACGGCCAACAAGGAUGACGCCAAGAAACUGGUCAACCAGUCGAACAAAAAUGGCGAGAGUUCUGUGCACUAUGCGGCCAACCUUUUGUCCAAAAAUGCCCACUACCAGAAUGAGGACAGGGAUAUGAUGCGACUCCUACUCCAGACAGGGGGAAACCCUUUGCUCGAAACCACAGAAAACGGAUGGCCACCGCUAUUCUAUGCGUGCUCUCAGGGACACCCAGACAUCAUUCGGAUGCUCCUCAACCAGAACGCCCGGGUAGACGUGUUCGAUGAGAGAGGUCAGGCGGCGCUCCACAUCGCAGCAGAACUGGGACACGAAGAAGUGGUCGAUAUAUUGUUGGCUUCCAAUGCCUUCGUCAACGUCAGAAACAAACAUGGGAUGACCCCGCUACAUUUGGCUGCACGUAGGGGAUUCAACUCCAUUGUCAAACAGCUAGUCAUAUCUCACGGCGCUCUACUCGACGCCUUCACUCUGACAAAGCAAACGCCACUGCAUUUGGCGGCAGAGAACGGACAGUUGGAAGUAUGCAAUACAUUGCUCACUAUGAAGGCCGACGUGAACGCCACAGACAAUCACUCUCAAACACCAUUACACUUGGCUGCAGAGCACGACCACUCGGAAGUACUCAAACUGUUUCUUAAGCACAACCCCGAGAGACUGUCGGUGCCCAACAAGAAUGGCUAUACCUGUGCCCACAUAGCGGCAGCCAAAGGGAGUGUGGCUGUCAUUCGGGAGUUGAUGCGACUGAACCAGGAGUCUGUCAUUAAUGCCAGGAUAUCGAAAACAAAGUCAACGACUUUGCAUUUGGCAGCUGAAGGCGGACACGUCGAAGUGGUUCGCGUGUUAUUACAAGCGGGGGCUAAGGCUACCGAUGAGAACGCCGAGGGAUAUACAGCACUGCACUUGGCGGCAAAGAACGGUCACAUCAAAGUACUCAGUGCUCUGAAGGAACAGUCGACUGCCCACUGGAAGGUUUGCUCGAGAAGGAUUGGGUUGACGGCACUGCACGUGGCGGCGGCCUUUGGACAGGCAGACUUCGUGGGCGAAAUGCUGACUCAAGUGCCCGCCACCAUCAAGAGUGAACGCCCACUCAUCGAUCCCAGCGGUGAUUACGGCAUAACUCCAUUGCAUUUGGCCUCACAAUCGGGUCACGAGAGUGUCGUGCGUUUGCUACUCAACAGUCAGGGCGUGACAGUGGACGCGCCUACAGAAGUAGUGGGAACAAUUCCUAUGCAUUUGGCAGCACAGGGAGGGCACCUACUUGUUGCCGGUCUUCUUAUAAGUCGCACUACUGAGCAGUUAUACCGAGCAGACAAAUACGGCCGAACACCACUUCAUUUAGCUGCAUCUUAUGGGCACCGGGAUAUGGUUAACCUGUUGCUAGGACAGGGCGCUCAGAUCAACACUCAGGAUAAUAGAGGGUGGUCUCCAUUGCAUUACGCGGCCAGACAUGGCUUCCUAGAGGUGGUGCAACUUCUAAUGGAUAGCGGGGCCGACCCAACACUGCGAGCAAAGGACGGUCGAGUGCCUCUAUGCUGUGCUGCAGGUGCCGGACAUUUCCAGGUCUUGAGUUAUCUCUUUAAGAAAGAACACAACGCUCUGAGUCUAAUGGAAGACAAAUCGUUUCUGUUGGAUUUGAUGGUGUGUUCCAAACAACACGAGAACAAACCGAUCCAAGAGUUCAUAUUAGUGUCUCCGGCGCCCAUCGACACUGCUGUCAAAUUAGCCAAAUGUUACGAAAACCUGUCGCAGAAGGAAAAGGACAGAACCCGCGAUCUGGUGGCCGCGUCCGAGUACUGCGACCAAAUCGCCACAGACCUGCUGUCCAUCGCCGCCACCACUAACAACGCGGGCCGACUCCUGAGGGCCGUCGACCACAAGGGCACGGAGUUUCUCGACGUACUGAUCGAGUUGGAGCGCAAGGAUGUGGUGGCCCAGCACGCCGUGCAGCAGUACCUGACCAACGUGUGGAUCGGCAACAUGAAGUGGGCCGGUUGGAAGUUCCUCGUCCUCUUCUUCUCAUUCCUCGUGUGUCCCGUCAUUUGGGUUGUCGUGUCGUGUCCUAUAGGCAACCGCCUGUCCAACAAACCCAUCAUUAAGUUUAUGCUGUACUUAGUGUCGCACAUCUUCUUCAUCGUAAUCCUCACGUUCACGACAGUCAACCCAUGGCUACCCCUCUACAAGAACGUGGGUCAGUGGCCGCAUUGGCACGAGUGGCUGUUGGCCACCUUCGUGUUGGGCGUAUUCCUCGCUGAGCUCACGAACCCGGCCGACAGGGACGGCUUGGGGGGCAUCAAAGUGGUGGUGGUGUUCGUGUGCUUCAUAGCCGUCAUCGUGCACCUCAUGGCCAUCAUAUCGGGAGUGUUCGAGUUGUUGGACGAGGAAAGGCGUCUAGUGAUGCUCUACAUACGCAACCAACUGCUGGCAGUGGCGCUGUUGCUGUCGUUCCUCGAGUUCCUCAACUUCCUCACGUUUCACCACUUGUUCGGCCCCUGGGCUGUCAUCAUACGCGACCUCAUCAAAGACUUGCUCCGAUUUCUGGCCAUUUUAGGCAUUUUUAUGGUCGGAUUCUCACUCCAUGUGUGCGCUAUAUAUCAGCCCGUUUUCCAGCCGCCGGACACCAUCAACGGCACCCUUCCCUCCGUGGGACAGGAGUUCCAGUCGCCGCUCGACACGUUCGAGAUGUUGUUCUACGCCCUGUUCGGUCUGGUGGAGCCCGACUACAUGCCUCCCAUGCACCUCAGCCCCCCCAUUGCCAAAGUGAUCAUGAAGUUGGUGUUCGGCAUCUACAUGAUGGUGACGGUGGUGGUGCUCAUCAACCUGCUCAUCGCCAUGAUGUCCAACACCUAUCAGCGCAUUCAGGCGCAGUCCGACACGGAGUGGAAGUUCGGAAGAGCCAAACUCAUCAGGAAUAUGAACCUCACGUCUCCCACACCGUCGCCCAUCAACGUCUUCAUCGGCAUCCCUUACAUGGCGUACCAGAAGUUGGAGCGCAUCCGCAAUGAACGCAAGGGACGGGUAGGUCUGGCGACGGCCGCACUCGCCCACAGACCCAGUGUUGUGGCGACCAAACAGUGGCUUCAGGGCCAGAGACGCGCCUCCAGAGCCACCAGUCAUAUGAGUCGCACUCUCGGGCCCUCCAUGGCUGACGAGGGAGAGGCUCCCAAACCCAUCACCGAUGUCAUCAACUGGCCCUCCAUUGUCAAGAAGUACCUCGAGUUCAUCGGUGCCAUCGGUGUGGGCGGUGAGGAACAGGAGGACAAGGAGGACAACCAAGACCAGGACAACAAGUCCGAGUCCAACGUGUGA